UCAGCAGGGCCCCCCCCGGAUGGGCCCCCCCCGGUGCCCCCCGGGGCCGAGGGGACGUCGGGGGACGGCGCCGGAGGGGUCCCGGCAGAGCCCCCCGAGGGGGACGUCGGGGUCACCCCCCUGCAGGUGGCACCGGGGGCACCGGGGGGGGCACCGGGGGUGACACCGGCUCCAGAAGUGCCACCGGGCCUGGGGGUGCCACCACCCCAAGGGAUGCCCCCGGGUCCAGGAGCGUCACUGGGUCUGGAAGUGGCACCGGCUCCAGGGGUGGCACCGGCUCCGGGGGUGGCACCGGCUCCAGCAGCGCCACCAGCCCAAGGGAUGCCACCAGCUCCAGCAGUGCCACCUCCAGCUGGGAUGCCACCGGCUCUGGGGGUGCCACCAGGUCCAGCAGUGCCACCAGCCCACGGGAUGCCACCGGCGCUGGAGGCGGCACCGGCUCUGGGAGUGUCACCAGCUCCAGGGGUGCCACCCCCGGCUGUGAUGCCACCACAGUUGGUCCCCAUCGUGCAGCUGCAGCCGGUCCCAGUGAUGCCACCAGCAGUCCCAGUGAUGGCACCAACGGUCCCAGUGAUGGCACCAACAGUGAUGGCACCAACUGUCCCAGUGGUGGCACCAGGUCCAGGGGUGUCACCGUGUCCAGCGAUGCUCCCGGGUCCAGGGGUGCCACCACAGCCACAGCUGGUGGCAGGGAUGUCACUGGCUCCAGGGAUGUCACCAGCCAUGGGGAUGUCACCAGGCUUGGGGGUGCCCCCGGCCCUGGGGGUGCCACUGGGUCCAGGGAUGCCGCCAGUUGUGGGGAUGCCACCGGCUCCAGGAGUGCCACCAACCCCGGCGAUGGCCACGGGGAUGCCACCAGCUCCAGAGAUGCCACCACCGUCUGUGAUGCCACCAGCCCAAGGAAUGCCACCUCCACCCAUGAUGCCACCAGCUCCAGAGAUGCCACCUCCCUCCGUGAUGCCACCAGCCCUGGGGGUGCCACCAGCCCUGGGGGUGCCACCAACCCAAGGGAUGCCACUCCCAUGUGUGAUGCCACCACCUCCCCUGAUGCCACCAGUCCCGGGGAUGCCACCAGCAGUUGGGAUGCCACCAGUGCAGGGGAUGCCACCAGCUCCUGAGAUGCCACCUCCAGCCGUGAUG